GCCGCCAAGCGUCCUUUUGUCAGCGCGCACCGCCAAGGGAGCUCUCAUUUCCUCCCAGCCUCGUGCGGGAAAUGGAUUUAAUUCUGACGGCAGGGCUGUAAGGGGCGAGCGGGAACGAAAGCCUUUUGUCAAGGAGUAGCAGCCUCUGUUGUCUGUAAUUACCACUGACGCGGAGAAGCUGCAUUGCUGGUGGAAUUCCAGGCAGCUCUGACAAGUGUGGGGCUGCAGGAUGGGAAGAAAACAUUGCUCUGCAGAUUAGCUGGGUGCAUUUAUUAAGCAGACACCCAAAGGAAAAGACAACAAAGCAAAACAACAGUGGAAGACCAGGGAUGGAUAAGAUGCUGUGCCGGAGCUUUCAUCCAGAUGUUUGAAAUCCUGUAGAUGAGGUCGGCGUCCCUGAGAGCAAAGCAGGGUGCACGGGCCGAGCACUGAGAAGCAGCAGCCUGGGAUAAGGCUGGUCCAGCCUCCCGGCUUCCAGAAACGAAUUAUAAGCCCACCAGGACAAUGAGUGAAGAGACUGUCCCCGAGGCUGCGUCGCCGCCGCCCCCGCAGGGGCAGCAGUAUUUGGACCGCUUUUCUGAGGACGACCCUGAGUACCUGCGCCUCCGCAGCCGCGCGGCGGACCUGCGGCAGGACUUCAACCUGAUGGAGCAGAAGAAGCGCGUCACCAUGAUCCUGGAGAGCCCCUCUUUCAGGGAAGAACUGGAAGGCCUCAUCCAGGAGCAGAUGAAGAAGGGGAACAACUCCUCCAACAUCUGGGCCCUGCGGCAGAUCGCGGACUUCAUGGCCAGCACCUCCCACGCAGUCUUCCCAGCAUCUUCCAUGAACUUCUCCAUGAUGACGCCCAUCAAUGACCUCCACACAGCUGACCCCUUGAACCUGGCCAAGGGGGAGCGGCUCAUGCGGUGCAAGAUCAGCAGCGUGUACCGUCUCCUAGACCUCUAUGGCUGGGCCCAGCUGAGCGACACCUAUGUCACGCUGAGAGUCAGCAAGGAGCAGGAUCACUUCCUGAUUAGCCCUAAGGGAGUUUCUUGCAGUGAAGUCACUGCAUCCAGCCUGAUCAAGGUGAACAUCCUGGGAGAGGUGGUGGAGAAGGGCAGCAGCUGCUUCCCAGUGGAUACCACAGGCUUCUGUCUACACUCGGCGAUCUAUGCUGCCAGACCUGAUGUGCGCUGCAUCAUCCACCUGCACACGCCGGCCACGGCAGCUGUGUCAGCCAUGAAGUGUGGCCUCCUGCCUGUCUCCCACAAUGCCCUGCUGGUGGGGGACAUGGCCUAUUAUGACUUCAAUGGUGGGAUGGAGCAGGAAGCGGAUCGAAUCAGCCUGCAGAAGUGCCUUGGACCUACCUGCAAGAUCCUGGUGCUAAGAAAUCAUGGAGUGGUUGCUCUAGGUGACACCGUGGAGGAGGCGUUUUAUAAGGUCUUCCACCUGCAGGCUGCGUGUGAGAUACAGGUCUCUGCCCUGUCCGGUGCUGGGGGAGCGGAGAACCUCAUCCUCCUGGAGCAGGAGAAGCACCGACCCCAUGAAGUGGGCUCCGUGCAGUGGGCAGGGAGCACCUUUGGGCCUAUGCAGAAGAGCCGGCUGGGGGAGCACGAGUUUGAGGCCCUCAUGAGGAUGCUGGACAACUUGGGUUACAGAACAGGCUACACGUACCGCUACCCCUUUGUUCAAGAGAAAACCAAACACAAAAGUGAGGUGGAAAUCCCAGCCACCGUCACAGCCUUCGUGUUUGAGGAGGAUGGCGCCCCGGUGCCCGCCCUGCGGCAGCAUGCCCAGAAGCAGCAGAAGGAGAAGACCCGUUGGCUCAACACGCCCAACACCUACCUGCGGGUCAAUGUGGCUGAUGAAGUUCAGAGGAGCAUGGGCAGCCCCCGGCCCAAGACCACAUGGAUGAAGGCUGAUGAGGUGGAGAAAUCCAGCAGUGGCAUGCCAAUACGGAUUGAAAACCCAAACCAAUUUGUGCCUCUCUAUACUGAUCCCCAAGAAGUGCUGGACAUUCGGAAUAAGAUUCGAGAACAAAACCGACAAGACGUGAAGUCGGCAGGGCCUCAGUCCCAGCUCCUGGCGAGUGUCAUCGCUGAGAAGAGUCGAAGCCCGUCUACAGAGAGCCAGCUGAUGUCCAAGGGCGAUGCAGAUACCAAAGACGACUCAGAGGAGACCAUGCCCAACCCCUUCAGCCAACUCACUGACCAGGAGCUGGAGGAAUACAAGAAGGAGGUGGAGAGGAAGAAACUAGAACUUGACGGAGAGAAAGAAACCACUGCAGAGGAGCCUGGCUCACCUGUAAGGUCUGCACCAGCUUCUCCAGCGCAGAGUCCAGCGAAGUCAGAGACAAAGAGCCCUGCGGUCUCUCCCUCCAAGUCUUUAGACGAAGGUGCUAAGAAGACAGAAACAAGCAAAGCCACCACAGAGCCUGAAACAACACAGCCAGAAGGAGUGGUGGUCAACGGGAGGGAGGACGAGCAGACCGCAGAGGAAAUUCUCAGCAAAGGCUUGAGCCAGAUGACCACCAAUGCCGACACGGAUGUUGAUACCUCUAAGGACAAAACCGAGUCGGUCACCAGCGGCCCCAUGUCCCCAGAGGGCUCACCUUCCAAGUCUCCCUCCAAAAAGAAGAAGAAAUUCCGAACCCCAUCCUUCCUGAAAAAGAGCAAAAAGAAGGAGAAAGUGGAGUCCUGAUUGGUAGCACCCUUGGGCUCCCAUCUGCACCCUCUCCCUCCACCCCUUCCCUUCUCCCAUCUCUGUCCCUGGAAGCACAGGGCCAAAGAGGGAUAGAAUAGGACCCUGGAUCACACUCUGAGGAGGAACUUAGAGAUUACCCAACCAACCCCUCGUUUUACAAUUGCCCCAGAGAAAUCAGGUGACUUUCCCAAGGUCACACAGCUAGUUAGUGGCAGAGCCUGCACUAGAAUUGGGGUCUCCUGGCCCCUAGUCCAGUGCUCUUUCCACUACAUAACACUGCCUAGUUGUGGGCCACCUCUGUGAAGAUGCUGUCCACCAAUCUGAGCCCAGGGCAGAAGGCCCAAGUGGGCUGCAAGCCCUCACAAUCUCAGAUCAAAUCAGACAGGUUGAGACUUCCCCUGAGCAAGGUCCUUUUCCUUGCAGGAAUCCAGUCUCCUGUUAAUGGAGCUGUCACAGUUUAGAAAUCUCUCUUUUCCAUAGGGUCCCUGCCCUGCUGCUCUCAGUAACCAGACAAAUUGCCCUGUCCCCUACACCAGAAGUUUAUCUUUGUUCCCAAGGUCUGAUGGCUUAGCUUGUGCUUCCCCAACCACUAACCCUGAGCUUUCUUCAUGGAACCUCCUGAAUGAUGGAUGGAUGAAGAAUUGUAAGAGUGGGCAGACAGAAGGGCAAGCUGAGUCAGCCACAGGAUUGGGAAUUAUUUAAUCAAUAUAAGAAGCCAGGAACUUGGCCCAUUUGAAUUGUGCAUCUCAGGCGCUUCAAAACUAAAACCAAAUUUAACUUAGAGAAAAGUUGUCUCAUGCUCAGGGCAGAAAUUUGGGGAAAUUUAGAUCCUCUGUUGGCUUUGGGUUGUACAAGGAGGAUCAAAACAACACAGGAAAUGCUAUGCCUUUCUAGCUUUGCAUGAUACAUGGAGCAAUGUGGCUGUACCCGUUUCUCUCCUAUCCGGCAGUCAGGUGUCCCCUGACCUUCCUUCAAACCUGGAAGCACUGGCUCACAGACUGGAACUGGCAUCUUAUUCUUGGCACCUUGACCUUGGCUCCUUUGGUUUCCGACUCAGUCACUCUGGGUCCAGCAGAGGAGAAUGAGAUGAGCCCUUGAGGAUUCAUUCCUUGGAUCAGCUAUCAGAAAAAUCAGCUUGAGUGUCCUUGCCCUGUCACUAUCUGUCCAUCCUGGGGCCUAGUGAGAGCUACAGCUGCUGUUGUAAAUGCCAGCACUAUCUUUUCAUAUUCUUCCACGGGACAUCGAAUAAUGAGCAUUGUUAGCUCCUAAAAAAUAGACAAUCCAUUCUCUUUAUAGCACAGUGUCUUCAAAGAGUAUUUUUCCUUUUUGUCCUGAUUAUUGUGAAAGUACUUUUGAAAGUUCUUAAUCACAGUUUUCCACUUUUGAGCACUUACUUUCUAUAUAUAGACACUGUGCAGGCUUUUCCAUGCGUUACACCCUUUGACUGUCACGAUAAUCCUGUGAUGUGGGUAAGAUAUUCCCUUUUUACCAGUAAGAAAACUGAGCCCCAAAAGGACAAUUGACUUACUCCAGGUGACUUGGCUAGAAAGAUCCAGAGCCUGGAUUUGACCCCUGGGUCAGUCUGAGUCCAGAGCCUUUGUUCUUAACAGUUACGAUGAUUAGAAAACUUGAAAUCCCCAAGGCCGGGGGCUAAUUUAGUUCAGGACCCAUUUCUGUGAUUUGUUUCCACUGUGUAAUGUCAGCAUUUGAAAUGAAGGCAGGAAACUACCUGUGUUCUCCCUCAUGAGUGCACGUUAAACUCCUGAUAAAUGUGGAUUGUGGCGAGGCCAAUGUGGACCUCUGAUGAAGGAGAGGCAGGAGCCUUCUGGUUGGGCCACAGUAUUUGGGGGGUGGGGCUAUUUCUUGAGAAGAAAGGAAGUUGACACAUGGCUAAAGAGAACCCAGUACUGCAUCUCUCUAGAGCAGAGUCCUAACUGCUACCCCAGCCCCCACACUGCUCUACUUUCUGAUGGGCCUUGUGAUGGGCAACCCAAUGGUCAGGGGCAUCCAGUGCCUCACACAAAGUCCAUGUUGUGGGAAAUGCCUUUAAGAGCCAAUCCUUUGAUGCCUUCUUUGAAAAAAUAGAUUUCACAUUCAUUCCUUCAUCCCUCACAAUAUUUGUUAAGCACCCACAGAGCACCAGGCAUUAUGCCAUCAUUAAGAGAAACCACUCAUUGUGCCUAGGAUCAUCAGCAGCCAGCAAUGUUAAGAGAAGAGUGGAGUGGAUUACCAUUGACGCAGCUUUUCGUACUUGAGUGGUUGUAGCUCAGAGAUGAUGUUGAUUGACUCUUCGCAUUCAACAAACUCUCUUUAUUCCCUUUACAACAAUGAGGCCUCAUUUAGGUGAAAAUGCCAGAGUCUUGCUGGAGGAUCAUCCUUGGGAUUUAUGCCAUGGGUCCACCUUAUAUUUAUCCAUUUGUUCAUCCUCAUGCAUUCGAACAAAACAACAACAAAAAAACCCCAUGAGCUUGGGUCAUGGGUUAAGUCUGAAGGCAGAACAUAGUCCCUGCCCACAGAAGUUUUUAAGUAUAGGAGGCUUAUAGACAAGUUACGGAAAGGGCAAGGGGGCAGAGGGGACAUAAGGAAGUAAUGAUUUAUUGUCUUCUGGACCAGAGAAACUUUCCUGAAAGAUGUGAUGAUUGAGUUAGGUUUUCAAAGAAGAAUUCUCCAGGAAGACAAAAGUGUCGGUGGGAUAUUCGUGCCGAGGGAAGAGCAUGUGCAAAGGCACGGAAGCACAAAACUCCACGACAGGCCCACUGAGUCAUGCAGUAAUGCCAGAAUGUAAGGUAUAAGGGGGGGGGGGGGCGGGGGCUUUGUUUCAUAGGUGAGCAGGGCUGGGUCAGAGAGAAACCUACAGAAGUGUGCAACUAGAUUUUAUCCUGAAGGGGGUUUGGAGCUGCUGAUGGCUUACAUCAGGGUGUCAUGAUCAAGCUUGAAUUUUACAAAAAUCCAUUUGGUGGCUGGAGAAUGACUUGGAGAGGAGUGCGGUGAAAGCCCAGGAGAUCUCCUAAUGAGGACCUUCUGAAACGUCAGCACUGAAACAUGCCUGGUGGCCUGCCUUACACUACGUUUUCCUUUAUAGCAAAUAGCAUGCUUCUGGCACAGAAUUUUGCUUCCCUAACGGUCUUUGGAUAAGGCAUCUUAGGAAAGAUUUUCAACAAGGAGAGGGAAACAUUCGAAGAGCUAAUGCUUGGUGCGGUUUCCGGGUUCGUUUCAUCUCGCUGCAGAACUGCCACGGGAGCUGUUGAGGUCCUCUGCCCAUUUCUUGCUCUCCCUCACGUGUCAGCAGUGGCAUGCUUGGCGCCAGGCUCAAGGUGGUGCACUGGAUGCUGUAGCAGGAGACGUGCAGUCCAAACAAAACCAUAGGCUUUUAGGGAGAGGAUGGGGCGUUUUCUUUGGAUCUGGAUAAAAGUUGGCUGAGAAUUUCGACCAGUGUCUGUCUGGAGAAAAUGUCUCUAUGGAGAGCUCAGAGUGGUAGGUAGGAGGGUCAUUUCUAGUGAAGGCACUGUACUUGGAUAUGCCGCAGAAAGGGAUGAGAACAUGUGAGCCAGUCUGCAGUGUGAUGGAUGGCUGAGCUGGGCAGGGGGGCCGUUUUGAGGCUGUUUCCAUGGGGCAGGGUGGGGAGGCAGAAGGAGAGACGGUUACAGAGGGACAACUUGGUUCCAGUGACUUUCCGUGCACUAGUGGCUGGCACCCAGAAGUGAUGUGGGAGAACCGUCCACACCAUGUGACCUUUCUCAAACUUUGCAAAAAGCUUUGCCAAGAGGCAAGCCUCUAGCACAGAUCUGUGCUCCAUUAGAGCUUCCUGGCCUGUAGUGACCCAAGUAACUGUCCAACUUCGGCCAGGUUACACACAGAUAAAAAUAACCUCCCCCAAGGGGCGCCUGGAUGGUGCAGUUGGGUAAGCUUCUGACUCUUGGUUUCGGCUCACGUCAUGAUCUCAGGGUUCUGGAUUGGGUUCCAUGCUCAGCGCAGAGUCUGCUUGAGAUUCUCUCUUCCUCUCCCUCUGCCCCUCCCACUCAUGCUCUCUCUCUCUCAAAUAAAUAAAUCUUUUAAAAAAUAGUCUCCCUCAACAGUCCUGUAAUGAAAAUGGGGUUCUUCCUCUGCAGAUAGAAAAGUUCUUUUUAAGGGACUUGCAGGGAUUUGGAUGAGGACCCUGGUCUGUAAGAACCCCACUGGAAAGCAUUGCUCUCAUACUAUGGAUUUAUGUAUACUGAGCCAUGAAUCUUCUCCCAGUGUUUGAUGCACUGAAUGUGGCAAGGCAGACAUUCAGAUAUCAUUCAGCACCGUCAUAACAGGGCUACUGCUGUCCUAACAGGCCACUUCUCUGAUUACCAUGGAUUUGAAAGAACCAUUCCCCCAACAGCAUGAUUCCCUUCCGAAAGCCGAAAAGAUCAAAAAGAAGUUUGAUUUUUCGAGGGACAUAUGCAUAGGGGUAGAUAGACACAUAGCCUACCAUUGGCCUGUGGAGGCCAUCUUUUGUACAAGUCCUUACUCAUUUUCCUUACGCAGGUCAGCAGAAGCCCUUGAAGUGGUUGCUAGAGCUGCUGUUGACUCUCUGAGCAUAGAGGAAAGAGGUCUUGUAUCUUCUCUUACCACUUGAGUCUAAGCAAACUCUCAAAGACAAUAACAUUGAGAGCAUCUGAGAAGAAAUUAGGGAGGAGGUAAACCCAUGCUCUCCAUUCCCACAGAAAAGACAAGCCACCCCACAAUUGUUCCCCAUCUGUUCCAAAAGGGACAAUUGAAUAUGAAAAGCCAGAGGCCUGAACGGACUCUGAAGAAAUACGCUCAUCGGUUACUCAUUUGUUGCAGUUUCACUUGUGUCUCAGUAUGAGAACGCAGACACAGUAGAGUGAUGACUUCCCCAUGCCCUGUCUAGCCAACCUACCCACUUGGAUGUGGCUUACUUUUUGCCAGAAACAAAAGAGCACACGUGGAGCCCCAUGACCAGGGCACAUUCAACCCUCUUGAGCCUCUUGCUGUGAGAAGCCACCCUCACCCAGGAAUCAAUGUGGGCAUUUCAGGUGGGGUGUCCUUCUUUAGUGGAGAAAUCUUCUUUCCUCAUUUUAUGUAGAUAGGCUUCUCUUUUGAGGAACAAUUAGAAUUUCCAGUUGAGGGUUUUCUUAAAAAUACAGAAGCGAUGGUUUGUAUUGGUUCCUACUUGGGUUUUGCCAAAUCGGUGUUUGGUGCCAUUUGCCUUCAAGAUGACCCCAAAAGUUGGGUCAUUGCUAUGAGGAAUUGGGCCUGAAGAUGGAGGAGAAAUGGUCAUAGUCACUGACACAGGGGACGCAGGUGUGGCCAGAGGCCGAGCCUCAGUAGCUUUCCUGGUGUGGUGGCUCCUCAGAUCUCUUCCAACCCACUGGUUCCUGAGGAGCAGGAUGAGGCCAUUUGCAAUGUGGCAAGUCCCCAACUUCUAAGUAGCUUAGAGAAAACGUGGGGUUUUGGGGUGGUGGGAGAAGAACUGUAGAAAACCCCCAAACUCUUCUCCCUUCCAACAGAUCAUCUCAUAUAACUUUUAGAUCUUCCCUUUUUAAAUGAAUCAGAAGGAAGACGACCCUUGGCCAAGGACAGAGGGGCCAAUUUAAAUACAUCAAAGCUCUUAUAAAAUGAGACUAUAUUUUGGGGAUCCCUGCCCCCACACUUCAGCCCCACCUCGUGCCUAUUGGGCCUGCCUUCUGGGUGACAGCUUGAUCUCUGUGGUCUAGUCCACCUUUAAAUUCCUGCCAUCCAUGCUCCAGCCGCUGAGUCUGGCGCUGUGUUCCUCCCUCUCCCAGGAAGACUCGCGUGGGGAGAGGGUCCAAGGCCUGGGCUCGCCUGGCUGGGUAUGCAGGGGUCUAGAUAGAGAGUGCCGUGUCCUCUAAAACCGUGGAUGGUUUCAGUGAAAUGUCUGUGUCUGACAAUCGUCUUCCCUUGUACAUGCAUUGUCUGUGUAUAGCUUUUCCUAGUAUUGUGAAGUCUCAAAUAGGGGUUCCAUGUAAAUACUCUUUCUGCUAUGGAAAUGCCAGCCCCCUGGGUCAUGCAUCAUCCCCACAAACGGUUUUGCCUUUCUCUACGCUAACACUUUUUGAGCCACUGAUGUGCAGAUUGAUGAUUAGUUUCUUGGGCUUUUAUUUUGCAAUUUUAUAUAUAUAUAUAUACACACACAUAUAUAAUAUAUAUAUAUAUAUAUUUAUGGGUUGGUUUUGUAUAGUUUUCUGUUUGAAUCUCUGAGCACCAAAGCUGCCCUUGGAUUUUCAAGAGAACUUUCCAAAGCCACUUCCUGAGGCCCCCCACUCCCCUGCUGCUUUGGUGUUUGUGGUGCCGGGUGGUAUCUCUGCCCAUGGAUUUCUGUAUGUAUGUGCUGUUAUCUCCCCUGCGGAUAUUACCCUAGUAAAUCUACCGUGCUUGGCUUCCUGGUGUGUGACCCAUCUCUGUCAGCCACCCAGCUCUCCCUGCUCCCAGGGGAGCAGAAUCCAGAGGGGGGGGGGGGUCCUUGUAUGGAAACCUCCAACCACACAGGAAACUCUUCCCUUUGAAACCGUUCCUCAUACAUGGAAAGCUGAACAUAUGACUAAUUGAGUUCUGAUGGGGAGGGAGGUGACAAUACUGUAGACCUCUGAGAAGGGAAAAGCCCUGUGGAUUUGCAAACAGCUCAUGGAGGGAGAGCAGUUUAGAUGGGUUGGGAGAGGGGAGGGGAUUGUAAAAACAAAUGUGGAUGGUCCCCAUGGGGAAGCAGAUUCACCGGCUGGAAUGGAAGGAGGUGUCAGGCAAGAGUCAGCGGGCUGGGGAGAGCUGAGGUCCCCCCAGAGUGUGAAAGGGGAAUGAAGAUAGUAGGGAAGAGAAAGAAGAGGAAAGAGCCCAUUCCACCAUAUCCUGCGCCUCUUUACUCAAAUAAGGAGCCCAGGAGUUGUUGAGCAUCUGUACACAUAGGUCAGGCAUUGUGUCUCACACAUAGCACCUCGUUUGAACCCCAUAAAACCCAAAGGGAGGUCCUAUUAUUACCCACUUUAUAGAUGAGGAAACUGGCUCUGAAAUGAGGAGGUUUUCAUGGGGACAAGUUAGUAUGUGCUGAAGCCCAAAUUCAAACCGAGGUCUUCUAGCUAAGUAAGCCCUUGCUCUUCCCAAUUUGCUUUUGUCCUGAGCAAAUCCCCCCAAAACAGUCUCCAUCACUACCUCUGGGCCCGCUGCUUCCUGGUGGGCCUGUGUCCCCAGUGCUGCCUCUACACCAAGGUACCCAGAAGCUCCCACGAGCUCCUGCGGACCUAGGCCAGCCCUGCCCCAAGGCCAUCAGUGUCUUCUCUCCUGAGAUCACCACGGAGACCCCCCCCAACACACACACACACCACGACAGCUCUAACCUCUCAGCGGUGAGCUCGGCUCAGGCCAAGGAGCACAGUCAUCAUGCUGACACCAUCUUACAGAGCUGGCUGCCAUUGAAGGUGGUGUUGCAAACCCUCAAGGGGAGCUCUCCCUCCACACCUCCUAAAGGUCGGCUGCACAACCGAGGCAUACAAACAUGGGAGCAGAACGCCCUCUACAUUCCGGAACUGCUGAGGGCUUUCUUCAGAGUAUGCUUCGUGGGAGAGAAGGCCUGGGGCCCCGCGACCCGCAAUUCCCUGCGCGUGGAAGGAGCACCGCCUGGCCAGGAAGCAGAAAGGCCGGGGCAGCGGCGGAAGGCGGUGGGCUCCGGGCCUGAGCUGAGAGCGGCAGCGAGGUGCCAGAGUUCACGCUGUGGAACCCGGCUCGCAAGCUCUAAGUCAGGAGGCAGGGAGGGGGAUGCUUCGUGUUGGCUACCCUAAUAAAUAUGCCAAAGGGCCCUUUCAGCCAAGUUAUUGUGGAUGCCACUGCUACCACACAACUGUUCUCUAAUCUAACAAAAUGUAACCAUUAGAAAUCUUUCCUUUUCUCUUCCUUUGGGUCUUUGGACAUGGAUCCACACAUCUCUGACAGGAACCACAUUUAAUCUGAGAGAGAGCUCACUCUGUCAAGAAUAAGCACGGAGAAAAAUACUGUGGUAAUGAUUUAAUAGUUCAAAAGCAGGAGACCCAUCUGAGAGAUUGGAAGACCUGCUCCUCAAUGGAGCAGAGUUACUGCAAGAAGCAGCAGGGAGGUUAAGAAAAUCUCUGUUAAUAUCCAUGGGGCGCCUGGGUGGCUCAGUCGGUUAAGCGUCUGCCUUCGGCUCAGGUCAUGAUCCCAGGGUCCUGGGAUCGAGCCCCGCAUCGUCUCCCGCUGUAUGUCUCUCUCUGUCAAAUAAGUAAAUAAAAUAUUUAAAAGAAAAAAAAAGCAGGAGACCCAUCUGAGAGGUUGGAAGACCUGCUCCUCAAUGGAGCAGAGUUACUGCAAGAAGCAACAGGGAGGUUAAGAAAAUCUCUGUUAAUAUCCAUUUAUCAGAAAACACCAGCCACUCAUGAAAAGGGAGUACUUCAAAUCAAGAAAACAUUUUUUGGUGAUGAAAAACAAUGCCGUAUUUUAAAAUGAGGCAUAGACUGUCAAUGGCAGGUUCCGUAUUGUUGACGAAUGGGGAGAACAUAAAGAUAUGUUUAGAUAUGUAAGAAUCCCAAGCCCACCACUUGAAAAAAAUUAGCCAAUCAUGUAUCUGGUUGAUUGGGAAAUCAAUAUAAGUAAAUAACUGAAGAAUGGAGAAUUAAAAAAUGGUAGUGAGCAACUAAAGCACAUAAAUUUACAGCUAGGUCUAGUUUUUCAUUAUCAAGUCAACAAACCUAAGGCAAUUGUUUAAGAAGUAGUUACUGGUAUACACACACACAUUUGGGUCAGCAGAGAGGUAGACGAUGCUACACUUACCACUACUGAUGAGAGGAAUAUAAUAGAUCAGUUCAUUUUUCACAUUGUUACUAUAGGAAUAAUGGUUCACUUACAUAUAAAGUUGUAAACAUAGAGAUGAUUUAUAAAAAGGGAAAGAUAAUUUUCAUUAAGACAUAGCUUCCAAAUCACUGAACAGAAAAGUAACAAUAAAAAAAUCAAUAGGAAUCCAGCUAAGAUGGAGUAACAGAGACCAUAUUUACCAUCCUGCCUAAAGCACCCCCAAAAUGGAUAAAAUACAUGAAAGAAUGACGUUUAAGACACCUGAAAAUGAUCAUCCAGGAGGGCACAAGAAAGCUUCCUUGUCUCACCACCCACCCCAAAGCUAAGACAGCUACACCUCUUACUGCCGCUACUAAGGACGAUCACCAGGAGGCGACAUUUCCUUUCUCUGCUUCCACUUUGCAGCAACCUGCCGAGCAGUACUCCCAUUUUCCGGCAGAUAGACCCUAGCAGUUCUGUCAUAGAGCUCAGCCUCUUUGUCACCAGCAAAAGGGUCAAGGAUGAGCAGUGAGCCUCCCGACUUAUCUAAGACUUAAGAACCUGAUUUCUGAGCAGCCCUUAACACUUACCUAAUAUCCAGUAUUCUGCCUGGUUCCCAGGGUGCUCAUCUUUUAAGGGGGAGCCUGCCCACUGGCCCCAGCUCACUGAGAUCUGUUCUCGUGGCCUAGAGGCCAUGAACGAUAGUGCUUGGGCUGAAUCCUGAUCCUGUGCCCUUGCAUAAGUCCCUUAACAUCUCUAAGCUACUGUUCCCUCAUCUGCAAAAUGAGGAAAUAAUCAGUAUGGAAAAUCAGAACUGGGGGGACUGA